AUGGGGAUUUCAUGGAGUAGCAACCGAAGAAGAAACAGCUAUUAUCAAAACCCACCUCCACAACUACCACCUCAACCCCAAUACAUCGCAAGUUCUCAUCGCUAUUACUCCUCAGACCAUCCCUCUCUCUCUCCUCCUCCACCACCUCCUCCUCCUCCUCCUCCACCACCACCACCGCCGCCACCUCCACCGCCGCCACCUCCACCUCCACCUCCACCACCACCUGGUCCUCUGCUUACUUCUUCAUCUUCUUCUUCAUUUUCUUUUUCUGCAAAUAAUAGUAACUACCCAUAUGUCAAUACCGCCACCCCUUACGCUCAACAACCCAGAGGUCCUUAUCCCGCCUACCCUCUUCCUCUUACACCUCCUCCUCCUCCACCUCAAACCCAUUACUGCUAUGGCCACUACAGUUCAUGCAACCAUGCCAAUUCCGCCAUGGGUCGCUUCAGUUACAAUUACAAUUACCAGCCUUAUUAUGCUGCCAAUCAGGCUAAUGGGUGGCCCGCAAUUCGGCCUCCCGUGGGCCCCGUGCCGCCUCCUCCGCCUCACGUUGAGCAUCAGAACGCCAAGAAGGUGAAGAACGAUGUCAACGUGCAUAAGGACACAUUGAGGCUUGAGAUAGAUGAGCUGAACCCUGAUCAACAUUUGGUUUCUUUCGUUUUCGAUGCCAUGUAUGAUGGGAGCAUUACAGUGUUCUACUUUGCCAAGGAAGAGCCAGACUGUAGAUUUGUUCCACUAUUCCCUGAAGCAUUUGUGCCAGUGAGAGUCCCCUUUCAGAAGGGUUCCGGGCAAACAUUUCGUCAGCCCUCAGGAACAGGCAUUGAUUUAGGUUUCUUUGAGUUGGAUGAUCUUUCAAAACCAUCACCCGGAGAAGAUGUAUUUCCGCUUGUAAUAUCUGCUGAAACAUUUCCACCUCAUUCAACAGAUGAGCAUAUUGUUGAGCCUACCCCAGAUACAUCCCCUCGUAUGCAGAUUACUCAAGCUGUACUAGAAAAGAACAAUGGUGACCAUUUCCAAGUGAGAGUAAUUAGGCAGAUACUGUGGAUUGAUGAAGUUCGUUAUGAGCUACGUGAGAUAUAUGGAAUAGCAAGCUCGACAGUGGAAGGCUUUGAUGACAAUGACCCGGGGAAGGAGUGUGUGAUAUGCAUGACUGAACCUAAGGACACUGCUGUGCUACCUUGUCGACAUAUGUGUAUGUGCAGCGAUUGUGCAAAAGAGUUGACGCUUCAAUCCAAUAAAUGCCCUAUCUGCCGUCAACCCAUUGAGGAACUCAUAGGGAUCGAGAUAAAUAAAAGUCGUCAAUGA